GAGCCGAGCGCGGGUGAGGGGCCGCGACGGGGAUACAGACAGGGACACCGGCGGGGCUGGGACGGGGACACGGACGGGGACACCGGCGGGGCUGGGACACGGACGGGGACACCGGCAGGUCCCGCCGCCCCCCUCACCUGGGCGGCCCCGCAUUCCCUCCCAGCCCCACAGCUCCCGGCUGGCGCACCCCCGCAGAGCCACCCCCUGCUCGGUCGGGUCAAUCCCGGCCCGUCCGACCCGUCCCGUGUCUUCCCCCCGAAAGGAGCUGGAAAUGAUCUCCUACAUGGAUCAGGAGGAGGACCUGUGGUUUUCCCACCUUCGCGCCUACCGAGAGAAGUCCGAGUCAGUGCUGAGCAGCAGUUGUGCAGCUGAAGAUGGGAUUGUAAGCAAAAAAGAGAAGAAUCCCCACCAAGGCAUCCCUGGCCCAGCAGAGCUUGAGGUUUUACUCUCAGAACUCUCCAAGGAGAACAACUCCCAGAGUCCUGCACAGGACCCAGUCAUCCCACAGAGGUCAGAAAAGGUUCAGAGACCUCUGGAGAAGAGGCAAAGCCGAGUGAUGCUGCGUGGGAAAAGUUUCAGGAAGCUGCCAGAUGUUACCCAGCAGAGAAAUUCCUCUGUGAGGAGACUGAUGAUAUGUGGGGACUGCGGGAAGAGCUUCCAUGUGCGUUCCAACCUCAUCCAGCAUCGGAGAAUCCACACUGGAGAGAAACCCUUCUCCUGCACGGAGUGCGGGGGGCGUUUCCGGCAGCGCUCCCAUCUCACCCAGCACCAGAGGAUGCACACGGGAGAGAGGCCCUACGAGUGCUCCGAGUGCGGCAAGGGCUUCAGCGUGAGCUCCAAGCUGCUGCGCCACCAGGUGAUUCACACCGGCGAGAAGCCCUUCAGGUGUGCCGAGUGCGGCAAGAGCUUCUGCGGGAACUCGCAGCUGGUGCAGCACCGGCGGGUGCACACCGGGGAGAGGCCCUACACGUGCAGCAGCUGCGGGAGCAGCUUCAGCCUGAGCUCGGCUCUGGCUCGGCACCGGCGCGUCCACAGCGGGGAGAAGCCCUACGGCUGCGGCGAGUGCGGGAAGAGCUUCAGCCAGAGCUCCGAGCUCGUGAAGCACCGGCGGGUGCACAGCGGGGAGAAGCCGUACAAGUGCUCCGAGUGCGGGAAGGGCUUCACCGUCAGUUCGGCCCUCAUCCAGCACCGCCGGUUCCACGCGGGAGAGCGGCCGUACGGGUGCUCCGAGUGCGGGAAGAGCUUCACGGUGAGCUCCCAGCUCAUCCAGCACCGCCGCUUCCACACCGGGGAGCGCCCCUUCGAGUGCGCGGAGUGCGGGAAGAGCUUCCUCUGGAGGUCGGCUCUGCUGCGGCACCGGCGGGUGCACAGCGGGGAGCGGCCGUACGCCUGUACCGACUGCGGGGACAGCUUCAGGCAGAGCGCCCACCUCACCCAGCACCGCCGCACGCACACGGGCGAGCGGCCCUACGCCUGUGCCGACUGCGGCAGGGGCUUCGCCGUCAGCUCCGCGCUGCUGCGGCACCGGCGCGUCCACAGCGCGGGGCAGCCCUAG